UGGGCACAUGACGGUUAACGCCGCUUAAGUCCGGCGGUGAUACAUCAUUUCCAAGUGGACACCUGAGCGCUCCCACAGUGCAAAGCAGCUCCUCCCUCCCCAUUUCAGCGCGAACCAUCACCUUCCUCGCAACAAGACAGCUACACCCAUCUACAAGACUUACAAUAUGGAAGGGCCCAGAAACCGAAAACAGCGACGAGCUGCAGCUGCAGCGACUGCCCCGAGCGACACGUUUGAUCCCUCCUCGGUCCCCCUCGCGCGCCCGAAUCCUUCGUCGAAACCCAAAGGAAAGACCUUGGUGGAUAUAAUUUCUGAGAGACAAAAUGAGCUUCUGGGUCAAGGAAAUACUCCUGUUGGCGAGUCUGGCCUGGGUCCAGGGACCCGGCUGGUGACCAUGGAUCCUGCGACCGGCAAGAUUUCAGGCCUCGACUCCUCGGAGCUUGCAGACAUGGAGAGAAUUCAGGAUGUCACGGAAGAAACAUCGUCAGAUGACGAGGCGCAAGCUGAGGAGAAGGAAACAGGCUCCGACCAUCCUAUUCCGCCCGUCAUCGACACGCUGCUGCUCUCGAUGCCCCUGACCACCCUCCAUCUGACUCUCGCUUACCUCGCCGCCCAUCAAUACGCAGAAACCAUCGAACUGGAGAAUCUCGUGCGCGAGUCCGUAUUCGUCGCCUUUCCGAUGCUGACAUUGCUCAUCCACCUCGCUCAUGGACACAUUGUCUCCUUCAUCGGCAGCACCGCCAAGUCCGAAACGAUCUCGCUUUUCCCCUGGGACAGUGACAAACUGACGUUAGCAUUCUUUCGCAAGCUGCUCUUCCCGCCGACCUUACGUACCUCGAUCUUCCUCCCACUUGCCGUCCUGCUUGGCUGUAAGCUGAUGAUCAUCACCAACGAAGACCCGUACUACGCCGUGAUGAAAGGGGCGCCCGCCGUCGGGACCAUCUGGAUAUGGAGCGUGUUGGAGGUACCCGUCGGAGCCGCCGCCAUCGGGGCAUUGGGGCCACUUGCGUGGGGGGUGUGGUGGAAGGGGUAUGGGAUACUCUGACGCGCUGGGGGGCAUUAUCGAUCAACGCCCGGACCGCGCGGAUUGCGCGCCCGUUAGGUGACGCUGUCGUUAUCGCCGCAUGGAAGGAGCUGCAUCCUAGCACAACAUGCUUUGGUCUGGGACUCGACUUGCGCCGGCGCCUCGGUUACGGUGGUGUAUGCGCCAUCACCGGUCGGGGUAGAGUCCUGCCCGAUUGAAUCCAUCACGUCACUGCAGGCACAUACAGAAUUGUCUGGUUUACCGCCAUGCCUACUGCCACCGACUCCAUCACAUUUGUUGAGGUUUGCAUCGGUACCCGCCGCAGCCGACGUUGUGC